AUGAAUGUCCAACAGACAAGAUGCAUGUUGGCUUUUGCGGCCUACAGGCACAUUUUAAAAAAGAAUACUUCAAAAAUAAAAAAAAAUAGGCGAUUUUGGGUUCACCCGAUGCUGCUUCAAAGACAUCUUAGAGGCGCUUUUGCAACCCUUUUUUCUGAAUUAAGAGACCACGAGGAGAAAUUCUUUAAUUAUUUCAGAAUGUCGAUAAAAUCGUUUGAUGAACUACUUUCAAAGUUAGAAAAGGGGCUAACCGUAAAUAGUAACUUUCGCGUACCUAUUUCACCGACAGAAAGGCUGUGCAUAACAUUAAGAUACUUAGCAUCGGGUAAUUCAUUCACAGACCUUCAUUACUCCUAUAGAAUGGGAAUAUCUACUAUUAGUAAAAUAGUAGAAGAUGUAUGCAGCGAAUUAUGGGGACUUAAAUCUGAAAUUAUGGCUUUGCCGGAUCAGCAAAAGUGGAAAGAAAUUGCUUUGGGUUUUGAAAACGAUGCUAACUUUGUAAAUUGCAUCGGCGCUUUGGACGGAAAACAUAUUCGCUUAAUCAAACCAAUCCAGAGUGGAUCAGAUUUUUAUAAUUACAAACAUUACUAUUCAAUAGUUCUUAUGGCUAUUUGUGAUGCAAAUUAUUGUUUUACUUUUAUUGAUGUGGGAGCUCAAGGAAAGUUUUGUGAUUCAACAGUCUUUAAAAAAACAAAAUUUUACAAAAAACUAGAAGAUAAAGAACUUUUUGUACCACCACCGAAACCCUUACCUUGCCAAUCAAAUCCAUUACCGUUUGUAAUAGUUGCUGAUGAGGCUUUUGGUGUAUCUCAAAGCAUACUUAGACCAUAUGCACGAAGCAAUUUGAAUUACAAAAAAAAAGUAUUCAACUAUCGCUUGUCUCGAGCAAGAAGAUAUAUAGAAUCAACUUUUGGAAUACUUUCUAACAAAUGGCGAAUUUUCCAUAGAUCGAUGAACACAAGCGUAGAACUUUCUAUAAAAAUUGUUAAAGCCUGUUGUAUAUUGCAUAAUUUUGUCAGGAACAGAGAUGGAUUUAGAUUUGAAGACACAUUAAGUAUUAAUGGUUUUGAAAGUCUUAAUGACUCAAUUGAUGUUUAUAAUAGAUCAGGUAAUAUAUUAAGGGACCAGUUUGCCAAUUACUUUAUAAGCGAAGCUGGUAAAGUAGAAUGGCAAGAUAGAAUGAUUCAUUAAUUCAAUAUAAGUAAUGUGCUCAAUAAGUUUAUGUUAAAUGUCUUCUUAGUACUACUAGU